AUGGGCAAGAACUCGGCUUCCGUCAAGAAGACCUCGACUAAGAAGGUCGAGUCUUCCAAGUCUACUAUCUCCCCUCAACUUCUUUCGUCUAUCGCGACCUUCCUGUCCGAUAAUGGCUUCUCCAAUGCCAGUGCCGCCUUCGUCAAAGACCUGAAGAAGACAGGCCAGGCCGCUGAUGCGCAGAACGCCCCGUCUCUGCUGGAGUUAUUCCAAUCCUGGGUUAACCAGGCCGAGAAGAAGGAGUCUUCUACUUCCAGCGACAGCGACAGCUCGAGCGAUAGCGACUCCGACGUUGAGAUGCAAGACGAAAAGCCAUCCCGCGCCUCUCCUGCUCCUUCUUCCUCUUCUUCUUCUUCUUCUUCUUCUUCUUCUUCUUCCUCCUCCUCCUCCUCUUCUUCUUCCAGCUCUGACAGCGAUGCCGACGAUGAGGAUGAAGAUGAGAAGGCCCCCGCGCCCGUUGUGAAGAAGCCUACCGGUGUGAAGCGCAAGGCCGAGUCGAGCAGCGAGUCUUCCUCUGACUCGAGCUCUGAGAGCGAUGCUCCCAAGGCCAAGAAGGCUAAGAAGGCCAAGUCCUCUUCCAGCUCUUCCUCCUCUAGCUCUUCUUCCGACUCCGACUCUUCUAGCUCCAGCAGUUCUAGCAGCUCUAGCUCCAACUCCAGCUCUAGUUCUAGCUCCAGCAGCGACUCUGACUCUGAUUCCGAAUCGUCUGAGUCCGAAAAGGAGACUACCAAGAAGGCCGAUUCCAAGGCUCUGAAGAAGGCGACCAAGACUCCUCUCCCGGAGUCUUCGAGCUCUUCUGACGACAGCUCUGAUGAUAGCUCUGACGACCAGGCUGGAGGUGUCAAGGUUGCCAGCGCUACAUCUUCGGAUACCAGCGCCACUAUCUCUGCUGAUGAGCCGGCGAAGCAGGCUGUGGAGGAGCAGAGCUCUUCUUCUAAUGCCAGCCCUGCUCCCGGCAAUGGCUAUGCGAAGAAGAAGCACACCGGUGCCAAGCCCACUCCCCUCGCUUUGCUGAGCCAGCAAGACUACAGCCAUCUCCCUUCCAACACUUAUGUCGCAUAUGAUUACGCCGACCGCGCCUACGCCGAUCUAUCAGUCACUCGUGGAAAGGGCUUUACCAAGGAGAAGAACAAGAAGAAGCGCGGCUCUUACCGUGGUGGUCCCAUUGAUAUGUCUGGUGGCAAGUCUUUCAAGUUUGAUGAUUAA